UGUGGUUAGCAGAAAAACAAAAAAUAAGGAUAAUGGAAAACCGGAAGUUUGCUAACCAGGAGUUGGGCAAAGACUCAAAGGUCUCAUAGAUGUCCAGUUGACGUUGAUUACAAACCGAGAAAUUAUAAGAAGCCAAAAGAGUUUUAAGAAGUCCCAAAUUAAUAUGAUAGAACUUGAAAUGAAGUUGUCAAGUGUGCAUUACUUUUAUUGCUAAAUAUGAACUAAUUUGAUAAACAUGACGUUUUGGGGCUUAUGUCAAAUCCACCUUGUAAAGCGGACUAAUUCCCGUGGAAGAGUUCAAAACUUAUAGCCAUGGCAGGCCGACUGUUGCGCUGCAUCCUGGUCCUUAUCCUUGCCAGCUUUAUUGUCAUUUCGUACUUAUCAAAAUCAAGAAUGAUGGCACAAGUUAGUUACUUUAAAACAUCAGUACCCGAUUUUAUCAUGACUGAUAUGGUGUCCAAGAAUCCUGGAACGCAGGGAAAGAUUCGCAGAAGACUGCCGCUGCGGGCCUUCCGAAAAAGUAUUGAAUACUUUAAAGGAAACAGUAAUGACAGCCACGAAGAUAUACAAAAUGGGUUACUUAUUUCUAAUACUCAAAAUACGCAAACAAAAACUUUAUAUUCCUCUACUAGAAGCAUGGAUCAGCAACAAAAUAAGGACAAACAACAUCAGGAAUUUUCGAAAAUGUUAGUAGAUUCAAAACACACUUUUGCGAAAAAAUCAAUGGAAUUGUUAUCAAUAGAUACUGAAGUACCCGUCCGAAUGCCACUGGUGAGAACUAUCUACGAGCCCGGUCACCAAAAAAAUGAGGUCGAUGUGGAAAGGAUAUGUCCCCGAGCAGGGAUAUUUACAAAGUUGUUGGUAUUGAUCACCUCAGCGCUCCAUCAUGAAGCGGCCAGAAUGGCCAUUCGCCAGACGUGGAUGCACUACGGAUCGAGGAGGGAUGUGGGCAUGGCAUUUGUGUUGGGACGAGGCACGAACAGAACGCUGAACAAGGCCAUCGACCGGGAGGAUUUCAUGUACCGUGAUCUCAUAAGAGGUCACUUUAUAGACUCUUACAACAACCUCACUCUGAAGACGAUAUCAUUACUGGAGUGGGCGGAUCUUAACUGCCCGAAGGCUAAGUACCUCCUCAAGACGGACGACGACAUGUUCAUCAAUGUGCCCAAGCUGCUGGCCCUCAUGGCCACGCUCAGAGCGAAUCGAUCGAUCUACGGUCGCCGGGCUGAGAACUGGAAGCCCGUUCGAAACAGGUGGUCAAAAUAUCACAUAACCAUCGCUCAGUAUGCGAAGAAUACCUUUCCAUACUUUACCACUGGACCCGCCUACCUGCUCACCGGAGACAUAGUUCACCCGUUGUAUGUUCGAUCACUGGAUACCCCCUUCCUCAAGCUGGAGGACGUCUUUACCACGGGCAUCGUGGCGGGCAGUCUGGAUAUCCAAAGGAUAAACGUGCGCGAGAUCGCCAACACUCGCACAAAGUUCGAGCCAUGCCACAUCCGCGACAGGAUCACUAUCCACAUGGUGCGAAAUAACGAGCAGUUCGUACUGUGGAAGAUGUUGCUGGAUGAUACCAUUAAGUGUAGUAAAAAGUGAAAAACAGCUUGUUACUUUAAGCAGGCUGAGAGUGCCAUUGUUUUGAGGUUGAAAAUAAAAACGAAUCUGUAUAUUUA